GAUAUGUCUAGAGGUGCUGUCUGCGUCUGAGUCGUCUGCGACUGGGUCAGUGAGCCUGGGGAGAUCAUCCGCGGCGUCGUGUGCUCAAGAAGAACAAGCAAAUCCGGCGUCGAAGUCGAAACCCGUGCGGAACCCAGCCAAGUGGAUCACAGUAUGAGCAAGCCAAAACAGCCAUCCGCGGGCGAGAAAGUACCUCCAGAAGUGUGCCGCGCAUUCAACAGCAAGGGCGGCUGCACUGACGACGGCUGUCGAGAGCUGCACAUCUGCUUCUUCUUUGUGAGUGGCAAGUGCAAAUAUGAGGACAAAUGUGUGCGAACGCAUUUGCUGAGCACGGGGCAUAAUCUAACUGCGCUGAAAGAGAAGGGAUGGCUUCACCAAAACCAGCACGGAAAGAUACUACAAAUGAUGAUGAAGAAGUACAAGCCAAGCGAAUCAAAACGAGAAGAUCUGAAUCUUCCCAAAGUCUGCUUCCCCUACAAUACCUUAGGAUGUCAGAGCGCCAACUGUAAAAACCUUCAUCUGUGUUUGAAUUCUGUUCUAGACAAAUGUGUCAGCGGAAGCAAGUGUCCCCUUGAACACGACAUCGUCAAUGGUGAACACAACUUGAGUGUGCUGAGGAAAGGGAGACUGCUUGACACAGAAACAAAGGUCAUUGAAGGCAGGCUUAGAGAUAUGUAUUUGGCCAUGAGCGAACAGCCUGCCGCCAGACAGGAGCCCAAAAAGGUCGCCGAAAACCCAGGACCGAAGGGUAAAGGCCCGGCUGGGUCAACUGAGGGAGAAGUUGGCAAAAAACAACCAGCUACACCAAGAGCUUGCAUCGAAUACAACAAGUCUGUGUGCAAGAAUAGUAAUUGCCAGUAUCUCCACGUCUGCUACGAUUUUAUCCGCGGCCAUUGCAAGAGUAAAGGGUGCCCACGCGAGCACAACGUAUUCCAGGGCGAGCACAACGUUGGCAUUCUGCGUAGGUUUAAGUUGAAUGGCACCCGGGAUGUGGUGGGAAAGAUCCGCAAGGGCUACGAGGCGAAAGAGAAGGCAUCCCGACAGCCCGGUGCUCGCGCACAGGCGGAUGCCUGUGCCGUCCCCCCGCAGGAAGCCGUCGCCCCCGCUCCCGCCCGCGCCGUCGCCUCCGGCCCGCCCGCCAGCCUUGUCUGCGCUGUCUGCUGCGAGCCCUUCAUCAAGGCCACCACGCUGGGCUGUUCGCACACCUUCUGCGAGGAGUGCGUACGGCGGACGUCUCGCCAGACCGACACCUGCCCGCUUUGCCGCGCUCCCAUUGCCACCUCGAUCCGCUCGCUGGUCAUCGACGACGCCGUGGACGAGUGGGUGGACGGGCUGGACGAGGCGUCGCAGCGCGCUCGGCGCCAGCUGGUGGCCGAGCGACGCCGCGCAGGAGCGCAGACCAUGCCGACCGCACAGCCGGCCGCCCAGCCAACCAGCGCGCUGCGCGGCAGGACCGUCACCACCGUGGUCACCUAUGAGUGACGCAGCGCCUCGACAAACGCCACGUCACAUCACAUCACAAGACCACACGUCCAGCUGGCAAGUUUCACAGCAGGCGCCGACCACGUGACGAAGCGACGCAUCGGCCAUCAGCUGCGUGACACAUGACGGAUUGGCAGCAAACUCGCCUUCAUCUGAGCACCGCAGAAACAACUGACAACACCGAAAUUUAGCUGUGGAUCGCGUGAAAAUCUGCUGGACUGGAACUUCAGCUGCAAGCACUUCCCCAAAAGACCGCAUGGGAAGGUGGGGCAGUUUUCACGAUUUAGCAUUGCUAUGGUCUACGAAAAGUGUAUUAUAGUUACAAUCCACCGUAUAGCCUCAACAAAUGCGUAAUACCUGGCGCAGCAGCACGUGGUACCCUGGAAGUGAAAAAAGCAAACAAAGAUUGGAAUUUGGCUUCACUUGACCAGCCUGUUAUCAUAUCAUACUUUCAUUAAAUGUCAAUCCGCCUCGCACUUACUUCACGGACUUCAGUUCCAGGAAAUGUCACUGUUCCCAUUCGCCGUGCUCAGAUCUCUCCAGCAACUGGAAAAUCAUUCCAGACAUAUGCAUGGCAAGCAUAAAUGACGACUCAUGCAUACUGAUGCACUAGUACAUGGUGCCCCUUCGGAAUGACAUUUACGAAUGAGCACUGCAUCUAUGCGGACUUAAUCACCGUCCACGUGAUGGUGCCACAAACCGAACUCUGGGGAAUGCUGCUUCCGGCAAAUGGGUCUUGGUCAUUAGAAGCCGAGCCGACUAGCCAACAGCCAAAACACUCCUGUGCAUAUCCAAACUACAAAAAUGGAUACACUACGCGUAGUGCACUGAUUUCCGCUACUCUAUGAGGCCUGCAACCUGCCACCUUGUGAAACACGUGAAAUGACACUUUGUGAAACCAGUACAUGUGGAACAGACACUUCUAGAACAUGGCUGCAUGCCAGCAAUGCGUUGGAAGAGGUCGACGUGUCAACAGCGACUGUGUGGGACCAAGCCGGACGAAUCAACAGCACUGUAUGGUGCAGAUAUGGACGUACCAACGGCGGCCGGGUGGCACAGAGCCGGACGUGCCAACAACAACUGUGUGGUGCAGAUAUGGACGUACCAGCCGUGACUGUGUGGGUUAGCGCAGGAAGUACCAACAGUGACUGUGUGGGACAGAGCCGGACGUGCCAACAGUAUUUAUAUGGGACAGAGCCGGACGCACCAACACUGACUGUGUGGGACAGAGCCGGACGCACCUACACUGACUGUGUGGGACAGAGCCAGACGUGCCAGCAGCGACUGUGUGGGACAUAGGCAGACGUGCCGACAGUGACUGUGUGUGGGAUAGAGCCGGGCGCGCCAACACUGACUGUGGGACUGAGCCAGACGUGCCAACAGUGACUGUGUGGGACAAAGCGGGACGUGCCAGAAGUGACUGUGUGGAACAGAGCCGGAUGCACCAACACUGACUGUGGGACAGAGCCAGACGUGCCAACAGUGACUGUGUGGGACAUAGGCGGACGUGCCAACAGUGACUGUGUGGGAUAGAGUCGGACGCGCCAACACUGACUGUGUGGGAUAGAGCCGGACGUGCCAACAGUGACUGCGUAGGAUAGAGCCGGACUUGCCAACAGUGACUGUGUGGGAUGGAGCCGGACGUGCCAGCAGUGACUGGCUGUGUUCUUUGAGACAGGGUCGGAUUUGCCUUGGUGUCGGUAUGAGACACAAAUGAAC